GAGGAAAAUCCUAUUAAUUUGUCAACCGAAGGUAUGAGUGCUGAGGAAAAGAAAUCUCACAAGAAGAAAGUCCAAAAGUGGGAGAAAGAUGAAUAUAGCUGUCGCAACUCUUUACUUAAUUGCCUUUCUGAUGAGCUUUAUGAUUACUAUGAAAGAACUUACUCCACUGCCAAGGAAACUUGGGAUGCUUUACAGAAAAAAUAUGACACUGAAGAGGCUAGUGCGAAGAUGUAUGCUGGUAGCCGAUGGUUGCGCUUCCAAAUGGUGGAUGACAAGUCGGUGGUGUCACAAAUUCGAGAGUUACAAAUGCUUGCUCAUGAGUUCCGGUCUAAAGGCAUACGAAUUGAUGACAAUCUCAAAGUUGUAGCCAUUAUUGACAAGCUGCCGCCUUCAUGGAAGGAGUUCCAAAAGACGAUGCGUCACAAGCAAAAGGAGAUCACCGUGGAAAAUCUUUUAACUCGUAUUCGACUUGGGCAUACUGCUAGAGUUUGCAAGUUCCGGAAGCGUGGGCCUACUCCACAGGUCAACAUAAUCGAGGAGCCCUUUGUGGCGAUGUUAUCUGACAUAAACAUGCUUAAUGGCGGUGAGGGAUGGUGGAUUGAUUCUGGUGCCACAAGGCAUGUUCCCGGCCAAGGAGAGGUGGAAUUGAAUUUUACCUCUGGAAAAACAUUGACUCUCAAAGAUGUGCUGUAUACUCCUCAAAUGAGGAAAAAUUUAGUUUCUGGAUUUCUUCUUGGGGGGGCAAAAUCAGUUUGGUUUGGUGAAGGAGAGGAAGAUGAGUGCCGGAGUUGCCGAGAUCUGAGCAAAAUCAGGGACGAUCUGUUAUGGUUUGUUGCUUCUGUUUGGUCCGGUGAAGGAAAGGAAGAUGAGUGGCGGAGUUGCCGAGAUCUGAGCAAAAUCAGGGACGAUCUGUUAUGCUUUGUUGCUUCUGUUUGGUCCGGUGAAGGAGAGGAAGACGAGUAGCGGGGAUGUGAGCUUUAUCAGGAGCUGUCAACGGAAGUGGAGCAAUGGUGAGCUGCCGACGAAGGUGCAGGGAAAUCGGGUUGCUUUGUUGCUUCUGUUCAGCGGUGGAGAUGACUAGAUGAGGCGGUGACUGGUGGUGAGAUCUUGACGGAAGUGGUGCAGAGAUCAGGUUGCUUUGUCGGAGGUGAUGAGGCGGUGAUUGGUGUGGUGAGAUGCCGAUGGAGUCAUGGCA